GUUUGAAAGAAGAAGAUGAAGGAUUAUUUACAUGUGAACUUCAGAAUAACACGUCUGCAAAACAACAAAAAUCAGUGUCAAUAAGCGUUGAAGGCACAGAUGAUGUGACAGCUAGGACAACAUACGUUAAAAAUGUAUCCGAAACAAAAGUGGGCAACACAUCAAUCAAACCUACAGUGGACGUUAAUGAAACCAUUUCUGAUGAAACACUGAAGCAAUACGAGAACAUGACACUGUCGAUUCUAAGUGAUGAGGAAAGCAGCACUUCUACAACACAGAUCCAGAAUAUAGAUAGAAAUACAACCGACACGAGCAUGUAUAUGGAAAGUAUCACAGAAAGCAACCUAGAAAAGGGAAAUGAUUCUGUGUCUAUCACCAACGACACCUUCAAAGACAACAAACUAACAACACAGACUAAUGUUGUCUCUUUCGUGGAGGGCACGACUGCAUCACUCGAAGGUGAAUUUCAUUCAGAAAAAGAUAACAAAGCUGGUAUGAUUGUUGGAAUUAUGGUGCCAAUUAUUCUUAUUCUUGUGACCACCAUUACAGUGGCAUUUAUUAUAAAACGACGGGGUGGCAUCAAUUGGGAAAUCUGUUACCAUAAAUCUAAAGAAAAGGACUAUGAGAAGCCGCAACAUGAGCUCAUUACGAUAGACUAUGAAAAUAGAAGAAAGAAGAGGAAAAGUAACUACAUUAAGUGUAAUGAUACAACUUUUCUAGACGAAUACAAUGUAAUACAAGAAGAACAAAAAACAACCCUCUUGACUAUGCUGACAUAG